GUGACAGUGGCUCGUGUUUCUAUCCCACAGUAAAGAUGGCAGACGCUCUGAGCAAAGUGCCCGACGUUGAGAUUGAUCCGGAGGGAAAGUUUAAAUACAUUUUAGUGAAUAUAAAGGUUAAAGGUGGAACUGAUAAUAAAGUAAUAGUGAGGGGAACUAAAAGCGCGGAGUACCACAAUCACAUAUUUGAAAAAGUGAAUCCUGCUAUGGAGACUUUGGGAUUGGAGUGCAGUUGUCUCGGAGGAGGCAAGAUUGAGCACAUCAGCAAUGAUAAGAAACUGCGCGUGUUUGGGGAAUCUACGGGCUAUGGAAAGGCUGACCAUGCUGUCACAGUGGAAAAGCUCAAAUCUGUCUAUAAAGAUUAUGAAGUCACUAUGGAAUAAAGUAGUACAUUUAAA